GUGCCCACCAUCAGAUGAUAUUUUUGCAAUCAUGAAGGCUGUUAUGGUGAUUUGUGUCUUAUCGGUGGUAGUGUCCUCCAUUCAGGCCCGCACCUUGGAUAGGUGUACUCUGGCCCGGGAAAUGUCCGCUCUGGGGGUGCCCCGAGAUCAAUUAGACAAGUGGACGUGCAUUGCCCAGCACGAGAGCUCCUUCCGCACCAGCGUGGUGGGUCCAGCCAACUCCAAUGGAUCCAACGACUACGGCAUCUUCCAGAUUAACAACAAGUACUGGUGCCAGCCGGCUGAUGGAAGAUUCUCCUACAACGAGUGCAAGCUGAGUUGCAAUGACUUGCUGACGGACAACAUUAGCAACUCGGUGAAGUGUGCCCAGAAGAUUCAGCGGCAGCAGGGCUGGACGGCCUGGUCCACUUGGAAGUACUGCAGCGGAUCCCUGCCCUCGAUCAGUAGCUGCUUUUAGAGUCCGAACCGAACAAAGUAUUAACUGAAUAAAUAAUACAUAAAU